AUGACAUGCCUUCUCCUUAUGAUGAUAUCAUUGUGUUUGGUGGACGUUUCUUUCUUUGCUGUUGACAACAAUUGGAGGACUGUGUCUGUAGAUUUUAUCUCUUUGGAACUGACAUUGGAUGCGAGUCAUGUCUAUGGCGGUGAUAAGAAGUUUUUAGUUGAGUCUUGUGGUGAGAUGUUGCUAGUUGAUAUGUAUUUGAGUAUGGAGGAGGUUGAUGGGGAUCCGGGGUUCGCUGAGGAGGUCUAUGAGCAUCAAGCGGUUCUUAUGAAUGAGAGGACGGUGAAGUUUAAAAAAGCUUUUAAGUUUAUGGAAAGAGAGAAGAGUUGGGUUGAGGUGAAAGAUCUUGGGGAUAGAAUGUUGUUCCUUGGAGAUGACUGCACUUUUUCAGCAUCAGAUUCUGAUUUGUUGCCUCUUCGUGGUCGAAGCUCUGUUUUCUUCAGUGAUGAUGAAUUGGGUGGGAUGCAAGGUCGAGACUUGGGAGUGUUUGAUUUCAGAAAUGGUGCACCGACUUCUGAAGUAUACCAACCUGUUCUGGCCUCCACCCUACUGGGUUACUUCUCAUGA